AAGGAUUUUUUAUUUUUUAUAGAUAAAAAUUAAGGAAACCAAACACACAUACACAGAGCAGAGAAGGGAGCAAUCGCAACACAACUUCGUUGUUGACAAACAUUCACCAACUGCGUUAUCAUUCUCUUCACACUGGCCUUAUAAUUGUGCUCUAAUAGGAUGGGGAGUGUUAUUGAAGGGAAGUUAAGGUUUUGUAUUGACAGAGGUGGAACCUUUACUGAUGUUUAUGCAGAAAUCCCAGGUCAUCGGAAUGGGCAAGUUUUGAAGCUUUUGUCGGUUGAUCCUUUGAACUAUGAUGAUGCACCGGUUGAAGGGAUACGGAGGAUCCUUGAAGAAUUCACUGGUGAGAAAAUUCCACGUAGCUCAAAAAUACCCACCGAGAAGAUUGAGUGGAUAAGGAUGGGUACAACUGUGGCUACAAAUGCACUUCUAGAGCGCAAGGGAGAAAGGAUUGCUGUGUGUGUGACUCAAGGCUUUCGUGAUUUGCUCCAGAUCGGUAACCAGGCUCGCCCCAGCAUAUUUGAUCUUACUGUGUCAAAGCCUUCAAAUCUCUAUGAAGAGGUUGUAGAGGUGGAAGAGAGAGUUGAACUUGUUCAGGAAAAGGAAGAAGAAGAAAACCAGGGUGCUUCUUCACCAAUUGUUAAAGGUAUUUCUGGAGAACUUAUCAAGAUUGUAAAGCCUCUAAAUGAAGAAGCGUUGAAGCCUGUACUGAAAAAUUUACUGGAGAAAGGAAUUAGUUGUCUGGCUGUUGUUUUGAUGCACUCGUACACUUAUCCACAACAUGAACAACAGGUGGAGAGAUUAGCGUUGGGUCUGGGAUUUAGACAUGUUUCUAUAUCAUCCGGUUUGUCUCCUAUGGUUCGUGCUGUUCCUCGUGGUCUAACAGCUAGCGUGGAUGCUUAUCUGACCCCAGUUAUUAAAGAUUACCUGUCAGGAUUCAUCUCCAAAUUUGAUGAGGGACUUGGCAAGUUGAAUGUUUUGUUUAUGCAAUCAGACGGAGGACUUGCACCAGAGAGUACCUUCUCAGGGCAUAAAGCAAUUCUGUCUGGCCCUGCUGGUGGAGUUGUUGGUUACUCGCAAACUCUUUUCGAUCUUGAAACAGAAAAGCCACUGAUUGGCUUUGAUAUGGGAGGUACAUCCACAGAUGUGAGUCGAUAUGCUGGAAGUUAUGAGCAAGUACUGGAAACACAAAUUGCUGGUGCCAUAAUACAAGCACCUCAGCUUGACAUAAACACUGUGGCUGCUGGAGGUGGUUCGAAGUUGAAGUUCCAAUUUGGUGCUUUUCAAGUUGGACCAGAAUCGGUUGGAGCACACCCCGGACCUGUAUGUUAUCGGAAAGGUGGAGAGUUGGCAAUUACAGAUGCCAAUCUAGUUCUCGGUUAUGUCAUUCCUGAUUAUUUCCCAUCCAUAUUUGGGCCGAAUGAGGACCAGCCUCUUGAUGUCAAGUCAACAAGAGAAAAAUUUGAGAAGCUUGCCGGGAAUAUAAAUGCUUAUCGAAAGAAUCAGGAUCCAUCUGCUAAAGACAUGACGGUGGAAGAGAUUGCUCUUGGCUUUGUGGAUGUUGCUAAUGAGACAAUGUGUCGUCCAAUAAGGCAGUUGACUGAAAUGAAGGGCCAUGAGACAAAGAACCAUGCACUUGCCUGCUUUGGAGGUGCUGGACCCCAGCAUGCUUGUGCGAUAGCUAGGUCUCUAGGUAUGAAAGAAGUUCUUAUUCACAAAUUUUGUGGGAUCUUAAGUGCAUAUGGAAUGGGAUUGGCAAAUGUUGUAGAAGAGGCGCAGGAGCCUUAUGCUGCAGUUUAUGCAACUGAAUCUACGUUUGAAGCUUCACAACGAGAAGCUGUGUUACUUAAACAAGUUAAGCAGAAGUUGCAAAGUCAAGGAUUUAAAGAGGAAAAUAUUUCAACGGAGACAUAUUUAAAUUUGAGAUAUGAAGGCACAGACACUGCCAUUAUGGUGAAAAGGCAGAUAGUUGAAGAUGGAAUACCAUUUGACUAUGCUACCGAGUUUGUGAGACUGUUUCAGCAGGAGUACGGUUUUAAACUCCAGAACAGAAAUAUUGUGAUCUGUGAUGUUAGAGUACGUGGUAUAGGAGUUACCAAUAUAUUGAGACCACAGGCCAUAGAACCUGUCUCUGGCAAUCCUAUAGUUGAAGGCUAUUAUAAGGUUUACUUUGGAAAUGGUUGGCAGGAAACACCUCUCUAUAAACUUGAAAAGCUGGGGUAUGGCCAUAUGAUGUCUGGCCCGGCAAUUGUCAUGAAUGGUAAUAGCACCGUGAUUGUAGAACCCAACUGGAGAGCCAUUAUAACAAAAUACGGAAAUAUCAAAAUUGAAAUUGAUUCACCUUUGAGCAGCAUUAAGAUAUCAGAUAAAAUUGCAGAUGUUGUACAGCUCUCUAUUUUCAAUCACAGAUUUAUGGGUAUAGCUGAGCAGAUGGGAAGGACUUUGCAAAGAACUUCAAUCUCAACAAAUAUCAAAGAACGGCUUGAUUUUUCUUGUGCUCUAUUUGAUCCUAAUGGUGGUCUAGUUGCAAAUGCACCUCAUGUUCCUGUCCAUCUAGGAGCAAUGUCUAGUACAGUUCGGUGGCAACUCAAUUACUGGAGUGACAAUUUGAAUGAAGGAGAUGUUUUGGUCACUAAUCAUCCUUCAGCCGGAGGUAGCCAUCUUCCUGAUAUAACCGUUGUUACACCUGUUUUCUUUAAUGGGAAGUUGGUAUUUUUUGUUGCAAAUAGAGGGCAUCAUGCAGAGAUUGGGGGUAUUACUCCUGGAAGCAUGCCUCCAUUUUCAAAGUCAAUAUUGGAGGAAGGAGCUGCCAUUAAGACAUUUAAGCUUGUUGAAAAAGGCAUCUUUCAAGAAGAGGGGAUUAUUAAGCUUUUACAGUUCCCAAGCUCUGAUGACCGUGGAACUAAGAUCCGAGGAACUCGCAGGAUUCAAGAUAACCUAUCUGAUUUGCAUGCACAAGUAGCAUCAAAUCAAAGAGGAAUUUGUUUAGUCCUGGAGCUUAUUGAGCAGUAUGGACUGGAAACCGUUCAAGCUUACAUGAAUUAUGUACAAAUGAAUGCAGAAGGAGCAGUAAGAGAGAUGCUGAAAUCAGUUGGUCGUAGAAUUUCAUCCGAGUCAAAUGAAAACUCCGUGACAAUUGAAGAAGAGGAUUACAUGGAUGAUGGAUCCGUUAUUCAUUUGAAACUGAGCAUUGACUCUAACAAAGGAGAAGCAGUUUUUGAUUUUAGUGGGACCAGUGCGGAAGUUUAUGGUAAUUGGAAUGCACCAGAAGCUGUAACAGCUGCAGCUGUCAUAUAUUGCAUUCGCUGUUUAGUGGAUGUUGAUAUUCCUCUCAAUCAAGGGUGUUUGGCUCCAGUGAAGAUUCUUAUUCCAGAAGGCUCAUUUCUCUCUCCUAGUGAUAGUGCAGCUGUAGUAGGAGGUAAUGUCCUUACAUCUCAGAGAAUCACUGAUGUUGUAUUUACUGCAUUUCAGGCUUGUGCUUGUUCACAAGGUUGUAUGAAUAAUCUUACGUUUGGAGAUGAUACUUUUGGAUACUAUGAAACCAUUGGAGGUGGGAGUGGGGCUGGUCCUACAUGGGAAGGGACCAGUGGGGUACAAUGCCACAUGACAAAUACAAGAAUGACUGAUCCAGAGAUAUUUGAGCAAAGAUAUCCAGUGAUUCUGCACAAGUUUGGACUUAGAGCAAACAGCGGGGGAGAUGGAUUUCACAAAGGUGGUGACGGGCUUCUCAGGGAAAUAGAGUUUAGACGUCCAGUAACUGUUAGCAUUCUUUCUGAGAGACGUGUACAUGCACCAAGAGGGCUGAAGGGAGGAAAAGACGGUGCACGUGGUGCUAAUUACAUUCUAAAGAAAGAUAAACGAACGAUUAAUCUUGGUGGUAAGAAUUCUGUUGAGGUGCUUCCUGGAGAAAUUCUUCAGAUUUUGACUCCUGGGGGUGGUGGAUGGGGUUCUCCAGUGUAAGGUUUCUUUCUUUUGGAUGAGAAAAGUCAAUAAAACAGCUUCAUGUUUGAUGUUUUACUGAUGUAGUGUCAAAAUUGUGUUGUAAUGGAGAAAUGCACUACACAUCUUUGAUGCAAAUCAAUUCAAAUAAUGAUAUUUCUGUCUCCA